AUGCAAGACCCACACCAUAUCGUACGCAUUGGCGGUAGGAAGUCGAAACUGGCCGUGAUCCAAUCGCACGAAGUCAAGGACAUGAUCGAAACCGCAUUCCCACAGUAUAGUUGCACGGUGCGUGCUCUGAAAACUUUGGGCGACCAAGUCCUGUCAAAGCCCCUGUACUCGUUUGGAGGCAAGGCCGUGUGGACCAAAGAGCUGGAGGAUCUACUGUAUGAAAAGGAUAAAGAGAAAAGAAUCGAUCUGAUAGUUCACUCGUUGAAAGACAUGCCCACAUCGCUGCCCGAUGGGUUCGAGAUUGGAGGCAUCACGAAGCGGGUUGACCCCAGCGACUGUCUGAUCAUGGCCAAAGGCAGCCCUUACAAGCGUCUCGAAGACUUGCCGGACGGCAGUGUGGUCGGCACGUCGUCGAUAAGAAGAUCCGCGCAAUUGAGACGCAGAUACCCAAAGCUCGUUUUCGAAAGUGUCAGAGGCAACAUCGGGACCAGAAUUAGCAAGCUGGACGACCCUGUGACCCCAUUUUCUUGUAUUAUACUGGCGACGGCUGGGCUGCUGAGAGUGAAACUUCAGCACAGAAUUACGCAGCGUCUCGAUUCUUCCGUCAUGUACCACGCUGUGGGCCAAGGCGCCCUGGGUAUUGAAAUCCGGUCCAAGGACCCCUGGGUUUCGGGACUGCUGGAAAAGAUCAGUGACAAGAAAACCACCAUUUGCUGUUUGGCAGAACGGUCGCUUAUGAGAACGCUGGAGGGUGGGUGCUCGGUGCCGAUCGGCGUUGAGUCCAGCUACGACGAAGCCACACGGACCUUACGUUUGAAAGGAGUGGUGGUCAGCGUUGACGGCACCGAGGCCGUUGAGGAUGAGUCCUCCAUGGUUAUCGACGAUGUCCGUCGAGACUCGAUUAUCUGCGGCCAGCAGUUGGCACAGAGCAUGAUCAAGAAAGGUGCCAAACACAUUUUGGAACAGAUCAAUCUGGACAAAGUUGUCCAGUAA